AGCUGGAGUGAAGGCUACUCACUGUAGGAAUGCUAUUUUGCCACCACUUGCUGUUGUCAUGGCUCUAGCAAGAGGAAAGAUGCAGAUGCUGAGCUGAGAGAGUAACAGCCACUGACAUGGGGAAAUUGCCAUCAGAGACUGUUCUGAGAGAGAAAACUGACCACAAACAACACAGAGAAAUCAAAAAUAGGCUGCUUUCAAUGAGAUUAUUCUCCGGUUGUGCCACGCGCCAUGCCUAAAGUGGGCAAAAAAAGAGUUCACAGAGGCGGAAAAAUAUUGGUCAGAAGGGACCUUUGGAGAUCAUCUGGUCUAACCGCCCAUCGCUUGGGACUCUCGCCAGCGCUAGAUCAGGUGGUCUUUUAACACAAUUGGGAGAAAAAGGCUUGAUCAUCUCUGGAAAGAAUAAGGAGAACCAUUUGUUGAUAAGCUGGGCUUAACUAAGCAAGGAAAGAUCGUGACCGGGACAGGGACCGUGAUGACCGUUCUAAAGAUCGCGACAGGGAUCGUGACAGAGAUAGAGAUCGUGACAGAGAAAGGGACAAGGACAAAGAUUUGAGAGCUACUUCUAACUCUACGUAUUAUGCGGCUGCUGGGUUACCAAGCAUAAAACCAGCAAUGAUUCCACACAGUAUUAACCCUUUCACAAACCUACCACAUACGCCGCGAUAUUAUGACAUCCUGAAAAAAAGGCUACAGCUUCCUGUCUGGGAAUACAAAGAAAGAUUUACGGAUAUUUUGGUUAGGCAUCAGUCAUUUGUGCUGGUCGGAGAGACUGGGUCUGGUAAAACAACACAGAUCCCUCAGUGGUGUGUCGACUACAUGCGCUCGUUACCCGGACCGAAGAGGGGAGUAGCGUGUACCCAGCCCAGGAGGGUGGCUGCCAUGAGCGUGGCACAGCGGGUGGCUGAUGAGAUGGAUGUCAUGCUGGGCCAGGAGGUUGGUUACUCCAUUCGAUUUGAAGACUGCAGUAGUGCAAAAACCAUUUUGAAGUACAUGACUGAUGGUAUGUUACUUCGUGAAGCCAUGAAUGAUCCUUUGCUGGAGCGCUACGGCGUUAUCAUCCUUGAUGAGGCCCAUGAGAGAACACUGGCUACUGAUAUUUUAAUGGGAGUUUUGAAGGAGGUUGUAAGGCAAAGAUCUGAUUUGAAGGUUAUAGUUAUGAGUGCUACUUUAGAUGCUGGCAAGUUUCAGAUCUAUUUUGAUAACUGUCCUCUUCUAACUAUCCCGGGUCGCACCCAUCCGGUGGAGAUAUUCUAUACUCCAGAACCAGAAAGGGACUACCUUGAGGCUGCCAUUCGAACAGUGAUCCAAAUUCACAUGUGUGAAGAGGAGGAAGGAGAUCUCUUACUCUUUCUUACUGGACAGGAGGAGAUUGAUGAAGCCUGCAAGAGGAUAAAACGGGAAAUCGAUGAUUUAGGCCCUGAAGUUGGGGACAUCAAAAUCAUUCCAUUGUACUCCACCCUUCCUCCGCAGCAACAGCAAAGGAUCUUUGAACCUCCCCCACCAAAAAAACAAAAUGGAGCAAUAGGAAGAAAGGUUGUUGUGUCCACCAAUAUCGCUGAGACAUCGUUAACAAUAGAUGGCGUCGUGUUUGUGAUCGAUCCUGGCUUUGCAAAACAGAAGGUGUACAACCCUCGCAUCAGAGUGGAGUCUCUCUUGGUGACAGCCAUUAGUAAAGCUUCUGCUCAGCAGCGAGCUGGCCGUGCCGGCCGUACUAGGCCAGGCAAGUGCUUCAGGCUUUACACAGAGAAAGCUUACAAAACUGAAAUGCAGGACAACACAUACCCUGAAAUUUUGAGGUCUAACUUAGGAUCUGUGGUAUUGCAGCUCAAGAAGCUUGGUAUAGAUGAUUUGGUGCACUUUGAUUUUAUGGAUCCUCCAGCUCCUGAAACUCUGAUGAGAGCCUUAGAGCUGUUGAAUUAUCUGGCUGCUUUAAAUGACGAUGGAGACUUGACCGAGUUGGGAUCUAUGAUGGCUGAAUUCCCAUUGGACCCACAACUGGCUAAAAUGGUUAUUGCAAGUUGUGACUACAACUGUUCUAAUGAGGUCCUAUCUAUUACUGCCAUGUUGUCAGUCCCACAGUGUUUUGUUCGCCCCACGGAAGCAAAGAAAGCAGCAGAUGAAGCCAAGAUGAGGUUUGCCCACAUAGAUGGAGAUCAUUUGACGUUGCUCAACGUCUACCACGCUUUCAAACAAAAUCAUGAGUCGGUUCAGUGGUGUUAUGACAACUUCAUUAACUACAGGUCCCUGAUGUCUGCAGACAAUGUACGCCAACAGCUGUCACGAAUCAUGGAUAGAUUUAAUUUGCCUCGUAGAAGCACAGACUUUACCAGCCGAGACUAUUACAUCAACAUCAGAAAGGCGUUAGUUACUGGGUAUUUCAUGCAGGUGGCACAUUUGGAACGGACAGGGCAUUACUUGACAGUAAAAGACAACCAGGUGGUGCAGUUGCAUCCCUCCACCGUUCUCGAUCACAAACCGGAAUGGGUGCUCUACAACGAGUUUGUCCUCACCACAAAGAAUUACAUCCGGACAUGUACAGACAUCAAGCCGGAAUGGCUGGUGAAAAUUGCCCCUCAAUAUUAUGACAUGAGCAAUUUUCCACAGUGUGAAGCAAAGAGACAGUUGGAUCGCAUCAUUGCCAAACUUCAGUCCAAGGAAUACUCACAGUACUGAAUUUAUGCUUUGAACUGAAGUUAUUCAGAGGACAGCUUUAAGAGAUGAAAAGGAUUCAAAGUUCCGAGUUGUGCUCUUCACUUUGGUUCAAUAAUGGCCUUUAUUUUGAAAGCUUUUUAAUUUUUUCUUUACAGUAAAUAUUCCAUUCUGAUUUCAUAAAUUAAACAUUUAUGCCUCCCUUUUUGUGUUGACACUGUAGCUCAUACUGGAAAAGCUGAUCAAUGUUUUGCAGUUUAUUGAAAGUAGUUCUAUAUAUAACAAUGUUAUAAGCAUUUCUUUAGAAAUGGUUGAAAAUGCUUCUAAAAAAAAAAAAUGUGAUUAUCGACCAUGGUAUGCAUGAUCGUUGUAAUUGUUGACAUUCCUUUUAGAAGUUGUGAAAUGUUACAACUUGUGCUUAUGUAGACACAAUCUUCGGCUCCAGUACGAAGGUACUGACUUCAAUAAAGUCUAUUUAUAC